UAAAAGCAGCCAGGACAAAGUCUUCAGUAUCUGCACUGCUCUUGUUAGGAAUGGAUGAAGCCUUUAACAACCUAAAUAUGUCCAGCAAAGCAGAAUUUUCUAUCUACACAGGAUUUAUCACAAAUAAUGAGGAGCUGAAGAUUGUGAUGGUUGGAAAGACUGGAGUCGGAAAAAGUGCCAGUGCAAACUUGAUCCUGGGUCGAGAUGCUUUUGAGUCAAAGCUUUCUGCUAAAUCUAUGACUACAGAGUGUAAAAAGGUAAAAGGUUUGGUGAAUGGACAGAAGGUUGCUCUCAUUGACACCCCAGGUCUGUUUGACACCAGAUACGAUGAUGAGAGAACCAUCAAAGAUCUGAGUCAGUGCAUCUCCUAUGCGUCUCCUGGACCCCAUGUCUUCCUGGUGAUCAUCAGGUUGGCAAGAUUCACUGAUGAGGAAAAGAAGACAGUUCAGAUGAUUCAAAGAGUCUUUGGUGAAGCUGCAGACCAGUACAGUAUGGUUCUCUUUACUGGUGGGGAUGAACUUACAGAACCCAUUGAAGAUUUCCUGGAUGACUGUUCAAACCUUCAAGAACUUGUGGCCAGAUGUAACAACCAGUAUCAUGUCUUCAAUAACAAGAAUAAAGAUGAUCGCUCUCAGGUCGAUGAGCUGCUGCAGAAGAUCAGGAACAUAGUGGAGAAAAAUGGAGGAAGUCAUUACACCAACGAGAUGUUCCAAGAGGCCGAGAGAGCAAUAGAGGAGGAGAAACAACGUAUCCUGAAAGAGCAGGAAGAGGAAACACGCAGAAAACAAGAAGAAAUUAAGAAAAAAGUGGAAAAAGAAUAUGAGGAAAAGAUGAAAAUAAAAGGAGAAGAGAUGCAGAGAGCUAUUCAUGCAGAACAACAACGAGCAAGGCAAGAGCAGGAAAGGGAGGCCAGAAGAAGAGCUGAAGAACAACACCGCAGGAAAUCUCCCUGUGUAAUCCUGUCUGCAGUCACUGAACACACACAAACCGCUGCCUCCUACAGUAGGUUAACGGUUGGAACAUUCUACUCAGUAGUAGGAACCGGUUUGCUUUCACUUUCGUUGAACAGAGUAGAGGGAGUGGUUCUGGCUAAAGUGGUGUAUAAACCUAUCAGUUUCAGUAUCCAACUAAAAGCAGCCAGGACAGUGUCUUCAGUAUCUGCACUGCUCUUGUUAGAAAUGGACGAAGCCUCUAACAACCUAAAUAUGUCCAGCGAAGCAGGACUUAUCACAAAUAAUGAGGAGCUGAGGAUUGUGAUGGUUGGAAAGAUUGGAGUCGGAAAAAGUGCCAGCGCAAACUUGAUCCUGGGUCGAGAGGCGUUUGAGUCAAAGCUUUCUGCUAAAUCUAUGACUAAAGAGUGUAAAAAGGUAAAAGGUUUGGUGAAUGGACAGAAGGUUGCUCUCAUUGACACCCCAGGUCUGUUUGACACCAGAAACGAUGAGAAGAAAACAAUCAAAGAUCUGAGUCAGUGCAUCUCCUAUGCGUCUCCUGGACCCCAUGUCUUCCUGGUGAUCAUCAGGUUGGCAAGAUUCACUGAUGAGGAAAAGAAGACAGUUGAGAAGAUUCAAAGAGUCUUUGGUGAAGCUGCAGACCAGUACAGUAUGGUUCUCUUUACUGGUGGGGAUGAACUUACAGAACCCAUUGAAGAUUUCCUGGAUGACCGUUCAGACCUUCAAGAACUUGUGGCCAGAUGUAACAACCAGUAUCAUGUCUUCAAUAACAAGAAUAAAGAUGAUCGCUCUCAGGUCGAUGAGCUGCUGCAGAAGAUCAGGAACAUAGUGGAGAAAAACGGAGGAAGUCAUUACACCAACGAGAUGUUCCAAGAGGCCGAGAGAGCAAUAGAGGAGGAGAAACAACGUAUCCUGAAAGAGCAGGAAGAGGAAACACGCAGAAAACAAGAAGAAAUUAGGAAAAAGGUGGAAAAAGAAUAUGAGGAAAAGAUGAAAAUAAAAGGAGAAGAGAUGCAGAGGGCUAUUCAUGCAGAACAACAACAACUGAGGGAAGAACUGGAAAGGGAGUUCAGAAGAGACGUUGAAAUGCGUCAUAGCUGUGUAAUUCAGUAACACAUUUAGUGCACAUGUAAAAACAUCCAGUAGAUGGAUUUAAAUGAUGAGUUAUUUGUGGGUGGGGGGUUGCAAAUACAUUGUAUGAGAGCAUUGAGGUUAAGUGUCAAAUGAUUUUGUAGCUCACCAUAAAAAGGUUCCUGUAAAUGAUGUUGUAACAUGUCAUCUAGAACUCAGAGACUGUUUGUGUCCUGCAUUUAAUAAUCCUAACAGAAUGUUCUGUGCUGUACAACAUUGAAACAUACAGUAACAGGGAGCUGGGUUAGUUACAUGUAGCUUAGGGAAACAGCUAAAAUGCUACUGUUCAAUAUUCUGAUUGUUCUGACUCAAAGUGAAUGUUACUGGUGAUUAAUGUAAAUGUUUGACUGUGAUCCUGUGAACGUUAUGUGUAGAUUCAAAGAACUGCUGUCAUUUCUUGAACACAUGAAUGAACAACAAGGUUUCAGCUCAGAUAAUGAACAAGGACCAGCAGAGAAACUACAUAACCAAGUUUACUUCUGAAUUGUGGUUCUCUGAACAAAAUUAAAAGCAUGGCCACUGGAGGGCAGCAGAUUACAGAUAAACCUUAAACAUUCAGACAACCUUCACGUAGUCCUCUUUGUGUCCAUCUAGUGGCUGUAAGUCCAGUAUUCAGUAUUUCUCUAUCAGACAACACUGACCUGUGCUGGACUUUCUAAAUGCAGAGUAAGCUUUAUUAAGCAAACUAACAAUAUAAUCCCAUAAUCCACUGCUGUAAGUAAAUCAUUGUCAAAUUCAACCUUGUAACUUGCACAUGAUGCAACUUAUGCUAACAAUGCUUACAUUAUUUUUAUCCUGAUUCUCCAAUUCACAGCAGUUGGAUUGCGAUUUUUGGUAUGGCCAUGGUUGUCAGUGGAGCUGCUGAUCAGGUUGUCUGAUAGCCAAGGCCUGUGAGCAGAGCCAUCCAGACCUCUUGAUGAUCAUGAUGAUAUUAUUACCAUUAUUAUUUAAAAGCGCAUGUAUGCUUUAUUUACUUAAUCAUGAACAAGACGUGCAUUUGACAGUAAACUGAAUCUGAUGUAGCUCCUCUGUACAAGCAGCCCUGCUGUUGGUCAUUAUGUAAAGGUCUGCUUUUUCACAUCCCAAAUAAAAAAUGCCUUCAGGUU